AUGGGUGACACAAGCUCCUGCUUACAGGGCUGGAGGAUUCCCACAUACCAGAUGUUCAUUCCGCAGCAAGCAUGCUGCACACUGAUUGAGCUUCCCGUCCGUAUCAUGACGACGGAAGGAUACCAUGAUUGUCGUGGCGGCCCUCCUUACGCAGUUUGGCUUCUCCGUAAUCAAACAGGGAAAGGCCAAGAAUAUUACCGUAUUACACUAGGAAGAUACCACUCCAUCCGAUCCUGUGUCUUGAUUUGGACCCCUACGCGAUCGCCAAUCACUCAUCUGGCGGUUCCGCCCGAAAGUGACCCUUUCGGGCCAAGACUGACGACAUUUUCUCCCUUCCACUGUGGCGAUUCGUACUCGUAUCGGGGCGAGCACCUGAUCCCGCAUAGGGAAUUUCUUUCCCCUCUGAUUAGCAGUUUCUUUGUCGCCGUAGUAAAACCAGCCUCUUCCUCCAUGCGUCUGAACACCUAUCCUGGUCUCAAGCAGGGAUCAACUGAGCCUACCACUGAGAAUUUAUCCGCUGAACCAAACAUCCAGGCAUUCCCUGUGAAAAGCUUGACAAAUCUUAUCCGGGGUGAUGGCAGGUCUUCGGCUCUGGGCGGCAAAGUGAAACCCAGCCAGAAGCAAAACAAGGAACUCCGACAGGCAAAAAGAAGAACGAAGAACUUAAAAAAAAAAAAAGCCAGCCUAGGAUCAGUCAUAUGCAAAUCAAUCGGCCACGUAAGACCAGAGCAUAGCUGA